CAUUGCUAUUAUAAAAGUAUACAAUUCUAUUGCUAUUAUUACAGAAUUAAUAAUAUAUUUAAUGCAGUUAAUGUAACUAAUUAUAAUAUAAUAAAUAAAUUGGUUUAUUUUUCUGGGAACUUUUUUCCUUCAUUCUUGUUGGGUAGGCUUCUUACUUUAGAUUAUACAAUAAUAUAAUAUGAUUUAAGCUUCUUACUAAACUUGUUCCAAUACAAUUUCAGAAGUUAAAUAGCCAACAUUAUUUAUAAAUUUGGGAACCACUGGGCAUUCUUAUCGAAUUUUUAAAUUCUUAUCAAAUCUUAUACAAAAUUUUUAUUUUUCGUAGGCACUAGGUAUUACAUAUUUUGAAAUUUGGAAAUUGGAACUAGUACCUUAGUCUAAGAGGCUUAUUAACUACACACAAUGUUACUAUAUCUAAUAAUUUAAAACAGGAAAGAAAAUUGUAUAAUAUUCAAAUAUUAAAUAUUAGUCGACUAUUGUAUAGGUUUAUAUUCUUAUUAAUAAAGUAAAAUACCGUUAACAUUUAUUUUCAAUUUAAGUUAAUAAUGUGGGUCUCAACCAAGAAACAAUAUGAAAACUCAUUAAUGUUUUUUCAAUUCCUUCAAAAAGAUGAUUUAUGUAUUUUCAAUUUUACCAAUAUGAAAAAAUUGUACAGCAAAGAAAUAUAUAAAACUUCAAUUGCCUCCUUAUAUUCAGUGAGUAUAUUUUAAACAUACUGUGUAUAUUUUUCAACUGAAAAGAAUUGUACAUCAAAAUAUAUUAAGUAAGAUACCAGAUUUUUUAAAACCCUUUUUUUCAUUUCAUUAACUCUAAAACUAGACAACCAGCCAUUUUAUCUUUAUCCUUCUAACAAAUUGUAAAAAUAUAAUCAUUUAGAAAAAAAUAAAUAUCUCUAGUAUGUUCAUAAGUCAUUUAAUUAUUUGUUAGUCGAUAUGUUUACAAACUGUUUUGGUUCAUACUAAAAUGUAUAUAAUUUGUGUUUUAUAUUUUUAGACAACAAAUGAUAUAGUCGAAGUAGAAUCAACUGAUGUUGUGGAUUUGUUACUGAAAGAAACAAAAAAUAUAGAAUUUAAUUUUUUCCCUGAAAAUUUGAAUUUAAGGGCACAUAUAAUAGUCAAACUAACAGAGGGUUUUUCACCAUUAAUAUUAAAAUUGAAAUUGGAUUUUAAGGAUCCUAAUUAUGUGAGUAUUGAUAACAUUGUUAUAUAAAUUGAGAAAAAAUAAUAUAUUUGUUACACAUCGUUAACCUAAUAACUAGGUAUUUGACCAGAUUGGAAUAUGAUUUUUUACUUUCAUAUCAUACUAGAUUCUUUUGAAAAAAUUUAAAAAUAAUUAAGUAUAAAACCCUACUUUAACAAAAUCAUUUUAAGGGAAGUCAGAUUUGAUUACUAUUAUAUUUUUAUAUUAUAAAACAAAUUAAUUAUAUUAAUUUCUGAAAUUGUAUAACCUUUUAUUUAUAAUAAGAUAAAAACUAAUAAUUAUAAAAAUUAUUUUUUAGAAAUUUGAAUUUUACUAAAUUAAAAUAUAAGAAUACUUAUAUUAUUUAAAAUCCGUAUGUUUUUGUUCAAAAUAAUUAGUGUAUUUAUAUUUGUUGCUUUUAUUUUACACUGCUAAUCAAAAAUAUUUUUAAAACAAAUCGGGGACAAAAUGAGGAAUUUGAUAACUUUUGAAAUUGCUUUAAGAUAUUAUAUGUAAUUAAUUUUUAUGCACACUGUUUUAUAAUUAAUAUUUCUGAUUAUAGUUUUAUAGUAAUUUGACAUGUCCUUUGUUACAAAUAAUACAAGUAUUGAAAAAAAAUCAAGAAGAUUUAUUUGAACUUCUUAAAAAAAAAGAUUUAGAAAUUUCUGAAUAUGUUUUAGAAGGAGGAAACAUAAAUAGUUAGUGUAUAAUUUUUGAAUUUUUACUGUUAUUAAAAUUUGUAUGUUGUCGUCAUACAAAAAGUGACCAAGGUUCAAAAACAUGUUUGAAUGAAUUAUUUCAUCCCUAUAUGUUUAGGAAAAAAGUAUCCAAGUGAUGUAAUAAAUAGUUUGAGAAUCACUUAGUGCAUAGUUCUUGAUUAAAAUCAAAAUUUAAAUUUAAAAUUAUUAAGUCACUUUUACAUGACUACAAUAUGUUUACUAUAAUAUCAAAUUAGAAUAUAUGUAUAUUUUUUUUGUAUAGGAAAUAUUCAGACUGAAACUUUUGAUAAAGAUAAAUUUUUAAUAAACACAUUUCAAAAACAUACAGAUUUAAGUGAUGACAGCCCCAGUUUGUUCGAGUUAUAUUCAUCUCCUCUCCUUGAACCUUUCGAACAUAGGUAAUGAAAUUAGAGUAAUUUUUUUAUGUGAAGUCUAAUAUAUUUUAAUUUUAAGAUGUCUUAAUGUACGUGAACUAUUAAAUAACAAACCUGUCAAUAAGGUAGAAGAAAACAAAGAAAUUUCCAAAAAGAAAAAAUAUGUAGACCAAACUUCAAGUUCAACUCAAAUAGAAAUUAAUCGAGAGUCAAUUAAUGUCAAAAAGAAAAAACCAUCAUUAUUAAAAAAUCUUUGAAAUUAAUUUAUAUUACAAUAAUAUAUACAAAUAAGAUGUUUUAUUAACAUAAUUUAUUGGCAACAAAAUAUAUUAUUUUAUAAUGGUUGGUGCAAUCAAUUUGCUAUACUGUACAUUUUAUAAUUUUAUGCAUACACAAAAUAUUUAUUAUUGCCUUUAAUAAAACAAAUAUUUCUUUUAAGAACCAGUCUCAAUGAAAUAAUUCUGUAGUGUCAAGUGGUAAAUAAAUUGUACACAUAAUCGUAAUUAUUACUCACUAUACACAUUUAAUUUUAUAUAUAUAAAAAAAUAAAAACAUUAAAAAUUAAUAAUUUCUUAAACGUAACUAUUUUACUUUAAAUGUAUGUAGUGAAAUAAUUUAGUUACACACUCAUUUAAACUAUCAAUAUUUUAUAUUAUAUAUAUAUUAUUAAAAAUCUUUUAUAAUUUGGAAAUAAUUCUAACUGGAACACUAUUACAGGUAAUCAAUGAAUAUGUUAAUUAUUAUUGAAACCCUCUGAGUAAUCAUAACAUAUAGUAAUUGUUAAUAAAUAUAGAUGUAUUACUUAAUUUUGUAAGUUAAAUUACAUUUGACACAUACAGAAUUAAUAUUUAUUUUAUAUAGUCUUAACUUUUUAACAACCCAAUUUCCAUAAAAAAAAAAGAUAAAUAAUAAAAAUAAAAAAAAAUUAUAUUGAUAAAUAUGCUCAAAUUAACUAACCAAAUCAAGUAAGAAAAUUAUUACAGAAUUGUAUUAUUAUUAAGUACUAUCAUAACCAAAAUGAACCUUAAAAUAAAAUGGUAAACAUAUGGACGUAUAAAAUAUAAAUACUAAAAUUCUUUUUAUAUAUUUAUUAUCUGUAAGUGUAAUUUUGAGGUGGAUUUAAAAAAAAAAAUGUUAUCUACAAAACAAAUAUAAUAUUUCAGAUUUCAGGAAAAUCAUAAUGAAAAGUAAAAAACAGCAUACACAAUUGUAACAAAUAUGUAACUAUUAAAAUUAAUAAAAAUAAAAAUUAACGCGGCACUUUCUUUCUCACUGAUUUCUUUAGAUAAUUUUAUGAUUUAUAAGGACUAUAAUUAUAAAUAAGAUAAUCAUGAUAAGGACAAACUAAUAAGGAACUGACUAAACUAUUCAUGUAAUAAAAUAAAUAUCUAUAAAAAUGUAAGUUGGAUAUUUUAUAGAGAUAUUACACAAACACUGCAAUUGGAAAUAAAAAUGGAAGCUACAAGAAUAAUUAACAUUGAAAUAUAAAUAACGUCCAAAUUUUAAACAUUUUUAAUAAUAAUAAUAAUAAUAAAUCUUACUCAAAGACUUUAGAUCACAGGCAUAAUCCACAUUUAACAACUGCCACCAAAAUUAAUUUUGUGGUUCACAAAAAUAUUCCAUCAUUUAGUUAAUAUCUAAUUAUUUAAAUCUAAAUAAUAUAUUUUAAAUAAAAUUUGGUGAUUAAAUAUACGACUAGGUUUUGUUCAUGUGGAUUGGUUAUUACAUUUUUGUCAUAACAUAUGUUUAAGCAAUCCCGAUCUUCGUUGUAUCUGACCAAUAUGUAUUAAACAAAAAUGAUAUGAAUUUGUGCUAUUCAACUUUAAGUCGUUUACUGAAUUCUUCCUGUUGUCUUUCUUUCCAUUCUUUUUUUGGUUUAUAACGUUUCAGUUGACCAUCCCUAC